AUGAAUCAUGUCACCUACUUCGAGAUCCAAACCACCUGCCAAGGCCCAGCAGACGCCAGCGAGAGGAACUCGAUAGCACAAACAAGGAUUUCAAAAUUCCUAGAUGUACUUCUCUAUGGUGUGAACGCAGGGGACAAAGAUGCUCGAGUAGUGCACAUCGAUCCAAAAAAAGUCAAGGACACAGCCACUGAAACGUCCUUUGGGGUCCUUAUCAGCAAGCAGAAGAUAACCCCCAUCGGAGAAUGGAAAAAGAAAUCAGUCGAACAUCACAAGGAACACCACUUUCCAGGCUGGUGGGUGCCCACAUGGACCAACAGAACAGAGACGGUGACUGUACGUUUCCGUGUUAAACACAAUGCCGACCCAUACUUCUUAGCCGAGGUUAUCGAACGAGAAUCGGACAAUACUGACUUCCCAAUGUCAGUGCAGGUUAGUCACAUCCAGGGACCAUCAUUGGCACAUGCAGGCUGGCUUUACAAAAGCUACCCAAAAAGCACCAACAAACAAGACCUGCAUAAGGCCAUUGUCAACAUGCUGCCACCAAGGUACAGCAAACUUCAGUUCGACCUGGUGGCUGCCAAGAUUUCUCAUUUCCCAGAUGUUGUGAUGGAUCAGGGCUCAGCCAUUCAUGUAGUCUGCGAUGCCCGAGCGGUCCGACAGUGCCAACGAGCCUUCAAUGAAGUCCUGUACCACCCGCGACGGCUAGAUGGGUUCCCUUUGGACAGAAAGUAUGUCUUUAUUCCAACGGUAGAGGCAACCAGGAACCUGGCAUGUGUCCGAUCACACUUGGAGGAUGUUCAUGCACGCCAACUCCAGUUCGAGGCAGAGGUUGAAACUAUGGUUGUGUCGGAUCUAAUCAAAUUCCUCGAUGAUACUCUGACCGGGAAGUUCCCCUACACACUACGAGAAUUCAUUAUGGGAAUCAUUAACCCUUUGAGCAGCACGGACCGCCCAAUGUUCCUGGCCAUUGACAGCUACGCAACAGACUCGACACAACAUGUUUUCACCUACUUCAAAAAAGAUUCUGAUACAGCAAAGACAGUGAUCGCCCAGCUUCCUCUGCUUGUCAUCCGUGCAGCCAAAACACAGGCAGUUUUCCAACUAUUUUGCGAGGGCACGGAAGAGGAGAUGAAACAGAGUUUCUUUCGCGCCGCCAACGGUGACACCUUCCCUAUAGAGGUGGCAGUGUUCCAAACGAUUACGGAUACAUUUGCGGCCCUACACUCGGACGAUGAACUCAGCCUUGGUGGAGCUACCCCACCAAACCAGGAAGAAGGCGAGGAUGCGGACCAGGCAGAAAGCCGAUUCCAAGACCGCAUGGCCCAAGCUAUGCCUUUUCAGCCAGAGGACGUUGUGGUUCGAGUACAUGGGAAACUGAUCUCAAGCUCCCGCGAAGAAUGGGACCGGGCCAGGACAGCGAACGAAUCUCUUUGUUCGUUGGCCACGGGAUCUUCUACGGUGUGCGAUAUUAGUACUUUCUCGGUUGACCCCCCCACCCCGGAAGGGGCGACACCAAGUCCCAUGGAGGAGGAAAAAGUGGACCCACACCUCUGGGAAUCCAUGCCAUUCGUACUGAAAGCAUGGCAGGGCACCGAGACCAGAGCGGCGGUUGAUUCUUUCUGUGCAGAUUUGACCACAAACAUGUUGGCGCGAACGGAACCGUUGACAGCCAAGGAAAAAGCAACCGUGGAUGAAUUUUUGCUAGAAAUCAUCUACCAAAAAGGCACCACACAUGAAGCCCAGGAUUAUCUCCGGGAAGCUGGCGAGAAAGGUAUCUCACACCUCCAGGAAUCACUCAAGAAUCUGGACAAAACCCCGUGGCUGAAACACUCAUUCAUCCUUGGCGAAGACAACCAUCGAGACGAUUGCUUGCAACAAUGGUAUACUGCAUGGAUACAAAAGAAACGGCUGGCACCACAGGAUCCAAGACCCAAACACUUUGAUGGGAGCGUCACCUGUCUCCUCAGUCGAUACCAAGCGGAGACAUGGCCCAUGCACAGAGUAGCGGACGAGAUCAACAAACUCGGGGUCGCAGGUUUGAGGGCACUGGGACAGCACCCAAACCAAGUCAGCCCUGAGAACAAGGGACAGGAUAAGCAGCCGUGGCUAACACAUGCUUUCAACGUCAGACAAUGGGAUGACCCAUCUACUCAGAAUGUUCUAGCUGCUUGGAGGCACGACUUCGUUACUAAGACCAAUCGGAAUCCGAUGAAGCCGCUGGAGGUUGCCAAAUUCGAUGCUUUGAUCAAGUACAGCUUAUGGUCUAUGGGCAAAACACCCAACACCAUCACAGAGAUCCAACGCAUGCUUGACCAGGGACAGUCACAGAUGGAUCUGAAACUGAAGCAUUUCAAUGGACAACCAUGGACUUUACCCCGCUACCUCGAUCCCAGCACCAGAACCACUGCAGACACCUAUCAGUGGUACAAGCAUUGGGCAUCAAAGAUAGCAGACAUCACGGCUAAACCCAACACACCAGAUACAUUUGUCAGAACCACCGAGUACUUCCUCAGUCUCCAUGGAGAUAAGGAUAACCCCCUCAAAGCUGCCCAUGCGGAGCUGGAAAAACUUAUGACAUUCUCGGCUUUGAAGAAAAUCACCCAACAUCCCUCACCCAGAAAGUCCGGAGCGGCCAACACAACCAAGUAA